AUGGAGCCACUCGCCGGUCUAGAGUUCUACUUCAAAAUCACGCCCGUGAGAAUCGUAGGCGCAGACCGCGUUGAUCCUCUGGGCCACUGGCUGCCCCCCGACAACAGGGGCAACUUCCGGUGCGACGACAGCAACAGCACAGGCUGGUGCCACUGGAGCACGUCAGCAGUGCAAACGCUCGACUCCGUCCCCGGCGACCCAGCCGGCGUGACCAGCUGCUCGAUCUUUUUCGACUACGAACGGCAGUACUUCCUCCUCGCACAAGCCGACUGCACAACACGCCGCUUCGAAGCCAUAUUCCGUGGCUACGAGGCCGAAGCCUGGCGACGGCUUGGAUUCCGGCACGUCUUGCGGCAUGGCCAACCUCUCUCUCUCCUCCAAUUCGACCCCGCCGAUCACUUCACCAUGCAUGCCCGCGGCGGAAUUCCGCAGCUUCUGCCGCGCAACUACGACGGACCAGGUCGGCAGGAGUAUGCGAAUGUUGCGGGCAAAUUGCUGAUUUUGCUCGGUCUCGCGGCCUUUACGAGUGAGCCGGAGAGUCGGUCGAUUGUUGCUACCAUACGCGAUAGUUUUCGGCUUCCGUAUUGGAAUCGGAAUUAUGGAGGUCCGCUUAAGGACGACCCUAGCCUCUCGCGUAUGGUGGGAUAUGUGGUCAAAGUAGCUCCAAUCCGUGGUGUUGAGUUGGAGGAUUAUGAAGAGGGGUAUUGCGGCCCCUUGCUUUAUGGCAGAUACUAA